GUCAGCAAUGGACGACUCUCCUCUACUAAGCGACACCGUUAAAGGUUCCGUCGACUACAAAGGCCGGCCGGCGAUUAGAUCGGAAACUGGAAGAUGGAGAUCUGCUAUUUUCAUCAUCGGAGUUGAGAUCGCAGAGAGGUUUUCGUAUAAUGGGAUUAGUUCCAACCUGAUAACCUACCUGACGGGACCGCUUCAGCAAUCGAUGGUAACAGCGGCGGUGAAUGUGAACACCUGGACAGGGGUUUCUUACAUGCUGCCUCUCUUUGGAGCUUUCCUUGCCGAUGCUUAUCUUGGCCGAUAUCGCACUAUCCUCUUAGCUACUCUCCUCUAUGUUCUGGGAUUGGGGUUGUUAACACUAUCAGCAGUUCUUCCUUCUUUCAGUCCACCUAGUUGCCACACCAGCAUUAACACAACCUCUUGUCAUCCACCUCAGUCCCAAAUCAUCUUCUUCUUCAGCUCUCUAUAUUUGGUAGCACUUGCACAAGGUAUGCACAAGCCAUGCACACAAGCUUUUGGUGCAGAUCAAUUUGAAGUUACAGAUCCAGAGGAAUGCAAGUCCAAGAGUUCUUUCUUCAAUUGGUGGUAUUUUGGAAUUUGUUCAGGUGCUUUAUGCACUCAUUCAAUCUUAACCUACAUUCAGGAUAACUUGAAUUGGGGUCUUGGAUUUGGAAUUCCAUGUGUUUGCAUGGUAGUUGCACUUACUAUUUUCUUGCUUGGAACCAAGACUUAUCGACAUAGUUUCAACGACGAUAUCGAUAAUCAAUUUGGACGAAUUGCAUUAGCAUUUGUUGCAGUAGUAAGGAGUUGGCGAACCGCUCCUUCAAUAGCCAUUGAUGAGGAAGAAGGGGAGACUCUUCUCCUGCAUGGUACUGACCAAUUCAGGUUUCUGGACAAGGAACCUGCAGCUAGUACUAUAUCAGAAGAUUCCAAGGAAGGUUGGGUAGUUUCUGGUGUUAGUCAGGUGGAAGAAGCAAAGGCAAUACUAAGGUUAUUUCCUUUUUGGGCUACAUGUAUAGUCUAUACAAUUGUGGAUGCACAAUACUAUACUUUCUUCACCAAACAAGGAGCCACCAUGGACAGAACAAUAGGGUCUUCAGGGUUCAAGAUACCACCUGCCUCCCUUCAAACCUUCAUUAGCAUCUCCAUCAUUCUUUUCAUGCCGAUCUAUGAUCGUAUCCUUAUUCCAUUCGCCCGAGUUUUUACCAAUAUACACUCCGGCAUUACAACGCUUCAAAGGAUAGGAACUGGAAUAAUUUUAUCUUUGAUCUCCAUGGUUAUAGCAGCACUAGUUGAGAGGGAAAGGCUUCAAGUUGCCAUUGAUUCCAAGAUAGUGGAUAUACCAGAAGCAACAGUUCCUAUGAGUGUUUGGUGGCUAGUUCCUCAAUAUAUCUUGUUAGGAAUUGCUGAAGCUCUUGCAAUGGUUGGUCUUCAAGAGUUUUUCUAUGACCAAAUGCCAAAUGGAUUGAAAAGUGUGGGUCUUGCAUUUUAUCUUAGCAUCUUUGGUGUAGGAAGCUUUCUAAGCAGCUUUCUUGUCUCUGGCAUUGAGAAGGUAACUGGUGGGGAUGGCCGAGACAGUUGGUUCUCAAACAAUCUUAAUAGAGCUCAUCUUGAUUACUUUUACUGGCUUCUUGCUGGUCUAAGUGCUAUAGAACUAGCUAUUUUUUUGUAUUUUACCAAAUCUUAUGUCUACAAAAGGACAGAUGUAUAAUUAGAGCCUUUGAGGGGGCAUUGUACAGUUGAUCUUAGUAAGGUAUAAUUGUGUACAUUUAUGCUACUAUAAUGGUAAGAAAGCAUAGC